AUGAAGAUCACUCCCGUUCAGAAACAAACACCUGCCGGUCAAAGUACCAGGUUUAAGGCCUUUAUGGUUGCCGGCGAUUGGAAUGGACACGUCGGUUUGGGAGUUAAGUGUUCGAAGGAAGUUGCCACUGCUAUUCUUGGUGCGAUUAUAUUGGCCAAAUUGUCGAUUAUUCCUGUGAGGAGAGGGUAUUGGGGUAACAAGAUUGGUCAGCCACGUACUGUGCCUUAUAAGUUUACUGGGAAAUUUGGGUCUGUAACUGUGAGGAUGGUGCCUGCUCCUCGUGGUGCGGGGAUUGUUGCGGCGAGAGUGCCAAAGAAGGUGCUUCAGUUUGCCGGGAUUGAGGAUGUUUUUACUUUAUCUAGAGGGUCUACUAAGACUCUCGGCAACUUCGUCAAAGGGCUCACUGUGGCCAAGGCCUCAAGAGGCACGGAGGGAGUCAACGUGGAGAUGAAGAAGAAGAAAGAAGAGAGCAGUAGUGGGAGGAGGGAUUUGAUGUUUGCAGCUGCAGCUGCUGCUGCCUACUCCAUUGCUAGAGUCGCCAUGGCUGACGAAGAGCCUAAGCCAGGGACCCCAGCAGCUAAGAAGAAAUAUGUGAUCGAUCAAGUUUUGUGCUAUUAA